UGCAGACGUCUGCCAUUCCAUCUGUCGAUGUACGGCCGUUCGCCAGAGCCUCCUGGAUGGAUGGAUAUGAUUGCGUCUACACAAUGCAGCACGUAGCAUUGUGCCGCCAUUCCUGCCUGUGGUUCUCCGUGUCCACUUUAUCGCCGGCCUCCUCGGUCAUCACAGCACACAACUUCCGCUUCCACCAAUAAGAAACAUAUCGCAGGAGCAAGCAAGAAGCACUUGAAAUCAAGGAAGCUCUCAUGGUCCUGGAAUUCAUCUUCUUUUCAUCUUCGGCUGAAAAAGCUCUCGAUAUUCCCCGCCAUGCUUCGGGAUUUACACCUGUUUUUGACUGCUAUCUGUCGUCGCUUGGCUCCGCACUUACUGCCUUCCUAACCCAGGCUUCCAUUUUCACCGUCCUGUGCUCGCUCUACGGCCUCCAGGAGCUCGCCCGUUCUUUUUCCUUUUUUUGACCAGUCAUACUGUGGAUUAAACCACCUGAUUUCUUCGUUUUGGAGCAUCAUUCCAUGCACUCCUUUCCCUACCUAGAAGUUGCUGUCACCAUGACUCGACAAAAGCAGCAUAUUCUCCGGAGUUGGUCUGAGAGACAGAUUUCCAUUGGAGAGGGUGCUCCAGCGGCCCCUUCGCAAGGCUCGAUAUCAGAAACUCUACAGGAGGACUUGGUUCACGUGGAGACGAGCGACACCGCUCAACCACAAGCUGUGCCUGCCGCGUCACCGCUGCCUUCAGCUCAAGUGUCGUCGGAAAUGACAUACCAAGAAAAACUCAAGGAUCUUAGAAGCACAGCGGACUCCUCGAUUCUGACCACAUCAAAUCCCCCUGCCUUCGUAUAUCACACACAGAAUGCCGCAAACACCGAUGCAGAGAUCAGUGCAGAUAACACCGCUACGACCAGCAGAGGGAAACGCUCACGGUCUCUCGAGACCACUCUUGCAAAUUUACAUGAAAAGCGCCCACGAGCACAGGGACCACCUCCCAUCAAGCUGAACGAGGACGACUUCCAUCCGCCGUACAAGCCUCUCACUGACGAGGAACGAUCCUCUUGGAAAGGCUGGGUCGAAGUCCUUUCCGAGCCUAUAUACAUGAACACGAUGCUUCGCGACCUAGGCGUACGUGGCGUUAUCGCUGCCGAGAUUGUCACACUUGAAACAAGCAUUCUCUCACUCGAACAGCCUAUCUAUGGCCUAAUCUUUUGCUUUCAGUACCAGGACGCGGACCACCAUGUUCCUGCCGCUGACGUCGAGCCUGAUCGCCCAGCGCACGUCUGGUUUGCGAAUCAACUUCCUGCGACUAAUGCAUGCGCGACCAUCGCAGUGCUCAACAUUCUGCUCAAUGCAACUGAAGUGGAACUUGGGAAGCCACUGACGUAUUUUAAGGAGGACACGAAAGAAUUAUCGCCGAUGGAGCGAGCUCACUGCAUCAAUGAACACGAGUUUAUUAGGGCAGUGCACAAUUCGUUUGCGUCAAGGAUGGACAUAUGGAUAGCGGAUCGGUUGUUUGCAUCACGAUAUAGGGAACAGGUCAAGAAAUGGAAGCAACGAUUGAAAGAUGAGGAGCGUGCUAGAGAGGCGCGGGCCAAAGCCGCAGAAAAAGCGGCGCGAGCAAUGGAGAAGAACCAGAGCCCUCAGCAACAGACUGAGAAGAAAACGCCUAGGGCCACAAGACCAAAGCGGGACAUGAUGACAACGAGUGCAAAGAAAAAAUACAAGUACAGGAAGCCCCGGGGGAAUGAGGAUGAUUGUAUUGGCGACGACGAUAGUGCCGGUGAUGCGGAGUCAGAGCCGGCGUACGACAAUGAAAGUGCUUUUCACUAUGUGGCAUAUGUGCCUGUUGGAGGACAUGUUUGGCGUCUCGACGGCAUGAGUGCUCAGCCGCAAGAUAUAGGACCCUACACGCACAUCGACUCGUGGCUUUUUGACGCAGCACCACACAUACAAUCUCGAAUGCAAGCCUAUGAAAAAAACAGUGGGAUGUUGUUUAACCUAAUGGCAUUGGUCAAGGACCCAAUUGAUUCGCAAAGGGAGAAACUUGCCGGCCUAGUGAAAGCACUACGCUUUGUCGAAGAGAGUUUGAAUAAGAUAAAUGUGGGGUGGAGAAGCCACGCGGCUCAUUUCGGGGAAGAUGCGUUACAGAAGAUGAUCGAAGAGUUCUGUAUCACCGAGGAGAUGAUAGCUGCUUCUCCGACGCUUGAAUUCGAGACUCUGGAUCUGGGGAAGCUGCUGAAAAAGAGAGGGGAGAUCGCGAGAGAGCAAGAACAGCUAAAGGAAGAACUACGACUUCAGAUUAUCAGGCGGAAGAAUGAGCAUAUCCAAGUGCAGAAAGACAGACUCGAUCUGAACCCUACGAUUCAUCGCGUGCUUCUCCACCUGGAGGAGAAUGGGAAGGUGCAUGACCUUCUGGAGCGCUACCGCUGAACCGCAAUCCGAGGUGGACAUUAGGAUUGUGCGAGCGCGAGCCUUAUAAUUUCAGAAUCUUUGGGUGCAAAAGUUGAGAGUACAGGCUGGCGAUCAUGUUGGUUGACAUGGUUGGUGUGUGUGGACUCCGAGAUGAAUAGAUGGAUGAACGUAUUGACGCAAUCUCACUCUAUGAAAAUGUGCCGUGCCGAGCUCGUAUGAAUUUGUCACCAGUAGAUUGAAUGUCGGCGCAGCAUUAUUCAACAGUCCCGCCGUUAAUAGUCUUUUAUGCUUGAGGCGCUUUUCUGCUGCUUAGGCGCGAGAGAGGAUUGUUGCGUUGUUUAGAU